AUGAAUCUAUCCACACCCGAAUCCUCACCUACAACCAUGGACCUACAUUCCUGCCCUAAUUCUUCACCACCCCCCACAAAUCCAUUCUCCACACCCGACUCUUCACCACCGAUACCACACCAAGCAUACACCCACUGCACCAUAAGCGACCCCCGCACCUUCUCCACCUGGCUGGACUCCCUCCUCCCUCAAACCAAAACCACCCUAACGUACCUCACACUCCUCCCCUCCCAACACCUCGGCCGCAUGACUUCUCUCUCCUCUCUAGGCGACACCCUCGGCGAUUCCCUCGGCGACACAACCACCUACGCCGAACUGCACGCCUGGAUAACCAUCCUACUGCAUCUCUCCACCAACUAUCCUAAUAUCCGCUCCCUGACCAUUUUCUUCGCAGCCGAUAUGAGUGGAAGCGAUACUCAUGGUUAUAGGAGAGGUGCAGGUGAAUGUGUCGGGUUUAUAUGGGCGAUAGGUUGGUUUAGGGAGUUGGACUGGGUGGAAUUAGGAGGGUAUUUUCCGAGGCAGUGGGGGUGGUAUUUGAGGGGUUUGUGGGGGGUGGGGACGAGGGUUUUGGAUGGGAGGGGGUUGGGUAUGGGGGAGGCGGAGGAGGAGUACAGGUUGGGGGUGUGGAGGAGGGGGACGGAGGGGUUGGAUUCGAGGGGUUUGGGUGGUAGGUGCUUUGUGUUUGGGGGUUUGCUUGGGGCUUUUGUGAUGUGGGAUUUUGAAUUAUGGAGUAAGGUGGGUUCUUUGAGGUUGUGUUGA